AUGUCCAUAGACUUGUCAUAUGUCGCCACCGCAUUGUCCUCUGAUCAAAAGAUACAGCUACCUAGGAAUGAGUCCGAACGCUUCCUAGCUGUCUUGAAUGAGCUCACAUCAUUGAGCAAAUGCUUCCAUUCUGACCAGAAAUCUACUGAUCUUCCACGACCAUCCGACUUUAUGCAGAGCUUGUCAAGCCUCGAAAUCGCUCACGUCGUCAUCACCUCGCUAAAACUCUUCAAGCACUUGAUACAGACCAGAGACUUGUUUGUGCCUCUGCUAUUUCUAUCUCAAUGUCGAGAGAUCUUUCAUCAAGUUAUACCUCAAUGUCCAAAUGAAUUCUUGAUAAUCUGUCGAACUCUUGUACAUGUGCAUCGGAACGAGCUACUUGCGGAGAACACGAGGGCGCUCAUGAAAUACGCUUGUGGCGUAGGACACCAAAAGCUGCUUCGCUACAUGCUUAUGGAAGCCAAAGUCCUUCCAGACUUAUGUUGUUAUCUGACCAUCACGUAUCUCCAUGAUGAGGUCUUGUUUCUCAACUCGAUCCUGGACACCAAUAUGAGCUGGACGUUUGAGACUGUCGAUCAACUACCACACACUUCUGGAAGCACUCUACUCAUAAAAGAUUAUCUACCAGCACUGGUUGAUCGAGUGGUGAAUGGCAUUCAGCAAGCCUCGCCUGUUGACGUCAAGAUGAGAUUGCGUGCGUUAUGUGGGUUUGUCGGUAUAUACGGAGUCGUGUUGUCAGAUGCUCAACUGGAUUCUAUUGUCGUGGCCAUCGCCAUGAAUGCCAAUGAAUCGUCUGGCGGACAAAAUCUCAGUUUUCCAAUUGUUUGCUGGAUGCAGAUGGUUCGUCGUUUCAACGAGAUGACGACUGUUGAAAUGGUCUCGACCCUUCUUCAAACAACACGGUCACAUGUUACAAUGCUCAUUUGCAUACACAUCUUUACUGAUUCACCAGUCAAAGUUGCUGAACAAUUGAGAAAUCACUUGGAGAUGAAUGUAACAAUACCAUCUCAGACAUUUAGCAAGAUGUGUGAAGCAUUUCGGUCACGAUUGUUAAAUGUCAAGAAACUAUGUCAUCGUGCUCUCGAGCUACGAGUGGAAGACGAAGAGGUUCAAACCAAGAGUGAAUCAAUAUCGAUAUCACUAGUCUCUCAAAUGCUCGCUGCCGAAAUGUUUCAUAAAGCACAAGUGGAUGUUGGCCCAUGGAUGCAACGAGUCAUUACAGACAGAAUUACAUUACCAUUGCAUUCCUCAUUGCUUCAAUUGUUGACGAUUUACGUCGAAAGCAUUCUCACCACCACAUUCGCAACUCGAAUACCAGAUUCGGUUGUUCGUCAAACUUUUGACGACUCGAAUGAGUUGAAACCAUCUCAUGUUAUAAUGUUGCUUUACGUGCUGUUGCACGAUUUUUCUCUUGUUGCUGGCAUUAGGAAUAUUCACGGGGACCAGAUUUAUGCUCUUGCGGGGAAGAGACCAUAUCCGACAAGACUGGCAGACUCCUUGCCAAUCAAACGUGUCCUCUUAUUUGCACGAACUCAUGAUGGUGGCAAGACUUAUUCGUCUAUUUAUCCACAACUGUAUUCUCUUAUCAAUGGCUGCUAUCCUGAACUCUUGGAGCCACUCUCUCUAUCGUGCGAGGAGUCUGUUGUGCAAAGUGCAUCACUGGUACUGCCAUCUACAUGGUAUGCUCAGCAAUUACAGCCUACUGGUGGUGCAAUAUCAGCGCAAGCUAUUGGAGAGUACCUAUUGCGGCCUGCUUUGACAACCAAAGUAUUUGAAUAUCUGGUAUCCUUGACUCCUCAACAACUUCUUCCAUACCAUGAUAUUUUCUUGGAGUAUAUAGUACCAGUGCUGCCUCUUGUGGAAUGGAAUGAUCCAAUAUGGCCAUCCUUUUCCAACAUUUGGCAGAAGCUGAACAGUGUGAAAGCACCAGAUACUUGGGUAAAGACCAUCAAAAUACUUUCAUUACAUCGCCCAGACAUUGAUUUACUGGAUUUACAGUCUUUGAUUGAAAAUCCGCAAAAUCAAGUUGAUGUUGAUCGGCGUGUGUAUAGACGACCUGUGCUGUUUGGUAUUUUGCUACAAAUCUUGACUUGUUUAUUGGCGGCUGCAAGGUCCCCAUUCAGAAAGCAAGUUCGAGUACUGGAGUCACCACAUAUCACUCCCAUGGAAGUUGAACGUGCAGAGCCUAGCAUCAUUCACUUCUUGUUGGAUGCCUGCCUGGCUAGUCCGGAAGAUGAGAGAACUGCAGACGCGUCCACUAUAUUGAAACAGAUUCGACGGUCGACAUGUGAUUAUAUACAUUCAAGGUUUUGCAAUAGUGCUAAUAAGGAUUUGAUACGAACCAUUAAUCAAAGAGGUUAUGCUAUUGAGCUUAUUCCUAUACUUGUCAAGGGAAUACCAUCCAUGCAUGUGGUCGAUGUCAUGUUGAUACAGCUCUACAACACAUCACCAGUGGACAAGUCACCAUUCAUUACAGAGUUGGCCCGACACAUUUCUGACAAUAAUCCAACUGCCCGAAUAAUGGAUCUAGUCCGCCAGGCAGUCUUCCCAUACGUCGAUCGCAUGUGUGGAUCACUACCAGGAUACAACAAGUUCAUCGCUUCAGAACCAACAGAAGCAAUUUUGCCUGCUCCUCCAUCAUUACAAGCCUUUCCAUCUAUGGAUUACUUGCCACAAGUGUUGAGGAGUUUGGUUGAACUUACUGGAGUGUUUUGGGAUGAUUAUCAACAGAGGACUAGAGGGAGACUUAAUGACUUGGAAGUACCAUUCGAAGUUGCAGAUAUCCUUGCCAGAACACCUUCAGAGUUGAUGGAUGCACGGCACUACGAGUUCUUGGAAAGGAUACGACGUGCUGUUCGUGACUGUCAGCAGAGAAUGAGAGAGUUGGCUGAAGCACCUCGAAAAAAGCAGUCCAAUAGGUAG